AUGAGCGAAGUUUUCGGCGAGUACGAGAGGCGGUACUGCGAGAUUUCGGGGAACGCGAAGCGUCAAGCAGCGGCUAUCCCUUCCUUACCGGCAGGUUUGACUCAUGACGUCGCUGCCUCCGUGACACGCUCUCUUCCCAAGCACGAUGCCAGGGAGCAACGAGCCAAGGACGUCAAUGCCUUGUUGGAAGAGGCCGACUCUCUCAUCCGGCGCAUGGACUUGGAGGCGCGCAGCCUGGCAGCGGCGCAGAAGGCGGCGCUGCUGGUGAAGCUGCGCGAGUACAAGGCGGACCUGCAGACACUGCGCCGCGACCUGCAGAGAGCACUGCAGGACGCCGCUGCCUCUGCCAGCGAGGCCGCCAGGGACCAGCUGCUGGGGAACGCAGGGGGACAGCCGGGGGAGGGCAUGUCGCAGGAGGAGCUGGCGGCAACGGGGGCACAGCGCAUGCGGCUGCUGGGGGCAACGGAGCAGCUGGGGGAGUCGUCGCAGCGGCUGGAGGCGAGCAAGAGAGCGCUGCUGGAGACGGAGGAGCUGGGAGUGAGCAUUCUGGAGGACCUGCACAACCAGCGCCAGACACUGCUCAACGCACGCGAUAACCUGUACGGUGUGGAUGCAAGCAUUGACCGUGGCCGUCAGAUCCUCAACUCCAUGGCACGCCGCAUGAACCGCAACAAGUGGAUUUCCAUCUUUAUCCUCAUCGUACUCAUCCUCGCUAUUAUCAUCGUGAUCUUCGUCAAGAUGCACCGACACUGA